CUCGAUCCGUCCCCAGCCCAUCUCGUUAUAAAGGCACCCCUCUCCCUUUCUGUCUCCCUCACAACACACUCCUCCAGCUAGCUAUUGCAGUGCGACCUCGAGCGGUUAAGCGACCUUUCUCCCUUCGACCUCACUGGCCAGUUGCCGGUGAGCUCGUACACUUUUCAAAGUCACACCCAGCUUAGCUAGAGCCUAGAGCUAGCUAGCCUCCUGCGAGAAGUGAUCAUCCCGGCCGGCGGCGAAGUACGACGACGAGGAUGUCCAGCCGAAGGUCGUCGCGUGGCAACAUCUCCGACGAGGAGAUCAACGAGCUCAUCUCCAAACUCCAGGCCCUGCUCCCCAGCUCUCGCCGCCGUGGCUCCGGCCAGGCGUCGACGACGAAGCUGCUGAAGGAGACGUGCAGCUACAUCAAGAGCCUACACCGGGAGGUAGACGACCUCAGCGACCGGCUGUCGGACCUCUUGUCCACCAUGGAUCACAGCAGCCCCAGCGCGGAGAUCAUCCGCAGCAUCCUCCGUUCCUGAUCACCUACAAACGCACGUACUGCCCCCGCCGGCGGGCUCGCCGUACGUGUGUCGUCAACGUCGACGACGAUCGGCCGCCACGCCAUUCUCCGGCCGGCCACGUAGGGGAGCUCCAUUAGCUAGGGUAUAUAUAUCUACCAACAUAUAUGUGUAUCUUUCUUUUUCUUUCACCUCUCCCUAGAUCUGAGAUCAUCGAGCUAGCUCCAUAUGAAUUGUACUAGCUAUACGCACGCGUAUGAUCUCUGCUAAGCUUCACUGGGUAGGGCAUUAGCGCUAGGGCCCAAGCAAGCCUGUCCGAUCCUCACAUUAGCUCGUACUUCUCGUCUCCUUCAAGUGGUCGAUCACUGUCCUCUAGAUCUUCCUUUGAUGUUCCCUGCUUGUUUCUCCGAUCCCUGUAAAUUUAGGCGUUGGUGGCUCGGAUCGAGUUGCUCUCUACAGACAACCGACCGACCACUGCUACCUAAGAGGAAAUUAAUCAUCAUCACAUGGUGUACUGCUCCAGCUUUUACCAA